AUGAGACUUUAUCUAACUCUACAGCUUCUUUUACUCAAUUUAUGUUAUGCUUGGCGUGAUGUUAUUGUCCCCCAUGAAGAACCAACAUCUACUACCGAGACUCCAAAGCCAUGGUACCGAACAAUUUACUCUACACAGGUUGAAAUUGUGACUCCUACAGUUGUUGCAGGUGUCACCUUUUCUGCAAAGCCAGCUGCUACUGAGAAUCCUUUGAAACCAUGGAUUACACUUAACGAUGAGGGGUUACCAAAGACUAUUAUUCCAGAAAUCAAGAAUGGGCACACUCGUAAAGCAUCCCCAGACUACUCCACAUACUUCAUGCGUAUUUACACGAAGACUUUAUCGCAUGAAGAGUUGCAGGCUUAUAAUAUGGAUCCUAACGAAGUCCAUGAGGAAGAGGUGGUUGAGGAAGAGGACAAAACGUAUGUAUCUCUUAACCCUGUUAUUAGGUGUACACCGGAUCGGUACUAUAAUAAAGGUCCAGCCAAGAACAUCAAGAGUGAACCUUUCUGUACUCCAAAGGAGCAUAAGGAUUGGAAAGUUGAUACUACCUACUUUGCAACUUGGUAUACGCGUUUCUUCAAGAAUGCAGAUGGCAGUACUGUUGAUAAGGUUCGUGUUCAUCUAUCUUACGUGCAGCAGUCUAAAAAGAGAGAUAUACCUGCUACGUUUUUCUCUUCGGAGUGGAUUAAAAAUGUAGACGGUAUAUAUCCAGUUUCUGUGGACUCUAAAUGGUUAGAGGGCGACUUCAUGCGCAAGGUGGUGUUAUCAGUUCAACCGAAGAAUGUCCCAGAUGAUGAAUUUAAUCCUUUGGAACAUGGUGUGGUAUUAAACAUUCUGAGAAAUGCGAGAGUCUUUAAGGGUAAUGACAGGAAGACUUUGGAAGACUCUGGGAUUGACGACGAUUCCUGGUAUUACAUUGUGUUGGCCAUCCCUACCGUUGUUGUCUUUGCAAUUGCAAUUAUGUAUAUAUUUGUGCAACUAAAUGGGAAUCACAGGGAUUUUAGUGAUGUGAAGCAUAUGGCGAUGUCCCAGAGGCACAAGGUCCUUGGUAAAUUCAAGAAUAUGAAGCGCUUCAAGAAUAUGAAGAACCAUAAGUACGACGAAUUGCCCAGGCAUAGUAAAAAGACUAGUAAGCAGAGUUAG